UCGUGCUCCAGCAGCGGGAAGAUACCAGCCACCGCGCAGUCAAGUGUUGUUGCUGCGGUGUGUGCGCGCGUCUUCCACCAACUUCCUGCGAGUGUGUUUGUGUGGGGCGGAAGGUUUUUUGUUGUUUGUUGCAAUCGAUCAUUCCACGGGGUGAGUUUCGCGUGUUUUUGUAGGCAUACCUACCCUCAACCAUUCGCUCCGGUUCGCUAUGAAGCUGUAGUGUGUGGCGGUGGUCCGAACUACAGCCACCUCAGUGCGAGCCCACCUCAGUGUAGGUACGGUCACGAGUGAAGAAUGGUAUGCAAAUUGAAAUUAAUUGCAAAUUCAAAAUACACAGCCUGUUAGAAAGCCUGUAGUGCACACGCCUGUAGUGCGUGGCAGUGUGUCCUGGCGGACCAAUCUGCCCCUUUUAGCCGUACGGUACCGCGACCGGAAAUCGAUUUCGGGAUGGUCACACUCUGACAAAAAAAAAAAUAGAUGCACCUUGCCCGUUCUUUACCGUACCAAGCGCAGUGAAGGUGAAGGUGAAUUUGUGCAAAUGCCGAAACGGAAUGGAUGUGUGAAGUACCUGCGUUGAAAGUGCGUCAGUCAGUGUGCGUUGUGGGAGUGUGUGUGUGUAUGUGCGUGUGUGUACACAUGAGUUGGGCCCGGCUGUACACAAACGCGUAAAACGCGUAACGAAAACCGCUACCAGCGCCUGCUUUGCUGCUUUUUCCCGUACAGAUUUUCACACAGUGGCUGCCAAUCGAAGGUAGUCGAACAACCGAAAAGUAAUCCCCGGUACAACUAAAAAUUCUCCAGCGAGCCCCGUCAAAACGUAGCGGAUCUGCAGAGGAAGACGAAAAAAAAGACACACGAAACAACCGGAAGAAACAGUGAAGUUUUGAAAGAUAUUUGCUAACAAAAAUACGCAGCGUUACCUACAAAACGUUCCAAACCAUUCCAUCAUUCCAACGAACCAAUCGCCCACAAACAUGGAACCAAUGGAAGCCCGGGUCGCCAUGUUGCAGGAUCUCAAGAUUCAAUCGUUUGACACGAUUCGCUUCGCAUCCUAUCGCACAGCCUGCAAGUUGCGCUACGUACAGAAGUCGACUAACUUGCACCUGGUCGACAUCUGGAACGUGAUUGAGGCGUUCCGCGAAAAUGGACUGAACACACUCGAACCCCAGAACGAGGUCAGCGUCAGCCGGCUCGAGACGCUCGUUUCGUCGCUGUACCACAACUUAAACAAACGGCUGCCACCGACCCAGCAGGUACACGUGGACUCCAAGGCGAGCCUGUUGCUGAACUGGCUACUGGCGGCCUACUCCGGUGACAAUUCGGGCAAGAUACGGGUAUUUUCGAUCAAGGUAGCGCUCGCGAUCAUGUGCGCCGGCAAGAUGGUCGAUAAGUUGCGAUAUAUCUUCUCACAAAUCUCCGACGGAGCUGGCCAGCUGAUACACUGGAAAUUGGGCGAUUUCCUCCGUGAAGUGCUAGCGCUUCCGGCAGCCGUCUUCGAAUCGCCAACCUUUUUCUACAAAGAGGGCCUGGAGUCGGAAAUCUUUCCGGUGGAGAACAAAAUCACGGUAAACGAUUUUAUGGCGGGCUUCAUGACAGAACCCGGACCGGCCUGUCUCGUGUGGAUGCCGUUGCUACACCGGCUCGCUACGGUCGAAUCCGUCGUGCAUCCGACCGUAUGUUCCGUGUGCAUGCGGGAAAACUUUACCGGGUUCCGCUACCGUUGCCAACGUUGCCAUGGGUAUCAGCUGUGCCAGGACUGUUUCUGGCAGGGACGCGUUUCACUCAACCAUCAGAACGAUCACGAGGUGAAGGAAUAUUCCAGCUACAAAAGCCCUAGCAAACAGAUCGGCCAUUCGCUGCGCAAAAGCUUCCGCUGUGUGCCGGAUAAACCGAUCCAGGCGUUACCCCGGUUUCCGGAACAGCCGGAGAAAACGCUCAACCUAUCGCACAUCGUCCCACCGUCACCGUUGCCGUCACACAACGGGUUUCCAGAUGGAGGCAUACCGGGUCUGUACGAUCGCAGCAGUACACUAGACUCACGAGCCACCGGAUUGUCGCUAGACAGCAACGGAACGUCAGGAACGCGUGGAGCCGUUAAUUCUAAUGAUGAGGAGCACAGACUGAUCGCACGAUACGCAGCACGACUUGCACAGGAAUCACGAACGCCCGGUGGCUCAGCCCCAGAUCCGGUACAGAUAGGGCUAGACAGUUCACGGGCCCAGCGCGAACUGAUCAUGCAGCUCGAAUCAAAGAACAAGGAAAUAAUGCGCGAAAUACAGAAACUGCGCCGGCAGCAGGAAGCGGAACAGGUCGCACCGGAAAGUCCCGCCCUGAUGAACGAACUGCGCGCACUGCGGCAGCGGAAGGGUGAACUCGAGGGGCAUCUCGGAGCGCUGCAGGAUUCGCGCCGACAACUAAUGGGCCAGCUGGAGGGGUUAAUGCGGAUGCUCAAAAACCAUCAAACCCAGAGCCCACGCUCUACGCCCAACUCUAGUCCGCGGUCGGGUAAAAGCCCACCGAUACCGCAGGGACCACCAAUGCCAAAUCAAGGCCCGCGGCAGGGACCGAUGAACCCGGGUGGGUCCGGAAUGCCACCAAACAUACCGCCCGGUAUGCUUCCUCCCGGUAUGGGAAUGCACGGUCAAGAUCCGCACAUGGGCCCGGGAGGCAUGGAUAUGCGGGGAUACGCACCAAAUGGAAACAACAAUGGUAGCAUUAAUGGUGGUGGUCCGCUUGGCUCGCGAACGAACGCCGCAGGAGCGUGUCCGCCGGCCGGUGGCCGGUCGGAUCUGCACUACGCGGCUGAUUCCGUUUCCACCGCAAUGUCCUCGCUGGUGCGCGAACUCAACUCAGUUUUCUAUGCGCACUACGAAGGACAUCUUCCGCCCGGCGUCGUACAUAAGCCGCCGAUGCGCUACUUUUCAGAGGGAUCCGACGAUGACAGUAUCGCUUCGUCGCAGUACACAAUGCGCCAUUCGCUAGACUUUGACGAGAUGCACAUGACCACACACGAGUGGAGCGAAAAGGAUAAUACGCAAUGGCAGGAACAGUUUGCUGCCUGGAGUUUAAACUCGCAAAACCAGUGAAGGCCGGAAGCAGUGCAAUAAAGCCAGUGCGGACAGAAAAGAACGGAAUAUGCUAGCUACAAGCACGAGACGAUGGCGAUCUUCGCAUGGAACGCCAUAUAAUGCUACGAUCGCGAACCGUCUACCAGUGGUUCAUUGAUUUUUGAUAAUGAUAAUUACCAUUUUGUCUUUUAGUGUAUCACUAAAGAGCACAUUUCCGGCGGUGGCGAGUAUUCUUAGCGAAGGACACAAACAUUGUCCUUGCUAGGUGUAUGUUGGCCGCGGUUUUGUUUUAAUCUGUUACUUACAUACGUUUACAUAAUUUUAUGCAAACUAUCACAUGAAAGCGUACAAAGAACAAAAAACUAAAGGGACUUGUUUUAAGCAAUAAUGCAAUACACGCAAUACAUUCAUUCCUAGCAACACGGAGAGACACGGCAUUAAAGGUAACUUCUUAAGCGAUACAACGGAUUAGUUUGUUAGGAUUUGCAUUAAAAAAAAAACCACAUACAUACAUGCACGGUUGAACACGCCUGUGAGCAGUCAUUUUUUCUUGCCAGAACGGAGUAACGUUAAAGGAUUUCAUUCGUUCUAUUCAACGCGGGUAACCCGGAUAGUUGAGGAUAGUUUUAAUUUCCCCUUGUUUACCUUAAUUAUUGGUCUUCCAAUUAUUAUUUACCGUUGUGUUCGUAUACGAUUAAUCGUACAAUAGCUCUACAAGAAAGUGUUAAACAAUCUCGCUCGAAAGCCCAGUUUUAUGCGUUGAAAUUGAUUCGUUUUCGACAACACGUUACAUGUUGUACAUAAAUCGAUUUUAAUAAACAAUUUUCUGUUGGUAAUAACUUGCAUUGUUUAUAUUUGUAAUUUAUUUUAUCUUUUUAAUAUUUUUUUUUAUUUAUUAGGAUUCGGACCGUUCCGAAGGUUAUUAGCAGGUAGCAGGUAGAAUCUGCUCACAUUUUCUCAUCGUGUAACGAGGACAAUAUUUCGUCCAUACUAGGCAGUUGUGCAUUGCGAAUCAGUUUCAGUAGAUGAGUACUCCUGCAUGUUGGUCAGCGAAUUAAGCGUAUCGUUAGAAUAAGCAACUCAUAUGCUUUUUACACCAUUAUUAAAUACAACCGUUUCUUCACGUGCAAUGCUGCCCUUGCGAACUUUAUAUUACCCGGCAACAUUCGGUCAUGUGAAGGCUAACAGUUGUGGUACACUUAGGGAGAAAUACGAGAUGGGUAAUUGCUGCAUUGUAUUAAAUCGAGUAAACGUAUCCCUUCAUGUAAAUAAACGAAAGUAUUUGUUGGGAAACGCCCAUUACAGGAUACAAAUGAGAAGACCGAACAAAAAACGUACGAAACGUAAAAAAAACUUUACAUCCACAAGUUGUUAAUGAAGCAACUAUAAUUUACAAAAACAAAGAAAAAACACACACACUAGCAAAUGAUUGGCAGUAGAUAACACGCAUGCACGAUACUGCGCGAUCCGUGAAUGGUUCCAUUCAAAGAAACCCCAUAGCGCGAUGCAACAGAAGAAAACAUCAUUAGAUAAAAUUUACUUAAACCAACAUCUUUACAUAAUUGUCCAAAGCGAUUAGUGAAUACAGGGGCCGUAAAAUAUCGUCUAUUCGAUGGAAAUUCGGAUUAAAAAAUUUGGCAUCGGAACAGCUCUACUAAUGCGUAUAUAGAAUCCCUCUUUCUAACUCUCAUCGAUUAAUCGCAUAUCUUCGAUCAAAGGUAUAUCGAAACAUAUUUGCAUUAGAAAGCGAACAAACGACCCGUCAUAGUGGUAGGAAUUUAGAAAGCAAAAAAAACCAAUAUCACUAGCUAGCAAACAACGAGGGUUACAGAAUAACGAACAGUAUUUGAGUAAACAUUUUCCAAA